AUGCGUCCUCAAACGACUACGAAAUGGGUUAUAAUCCUAAUCACAUGGAUUAUAUCCGAACAUUUAGUAAAUGGCGAUGAUUUUGCCGAUAUUGAAAUUUACGACGUAAAUGAACCAAGAUCCCGAUUGUUGAUGGUCGAUGGUCAUAUGUGGUUUCACGCGGGACGUGGAAAAAAUAUGACAUUUAAAACAAGUGGUGGCGGUUCAAUUUUCAUAGAUCAGACGGAUAUUUCAAAGCUACCCGAAUUGUUCAUAUUGUUUGGACAAAAUAUGAACGAAAAAAAGAACACUGGUUGUUUCGAACGGUAUUUUUUCUUCAUCUUUAGUCCAUAG